AAGCUCCUCUUCUCAUUUCUGAUUUCUCUCACUACAAACAAUUAUUCCCCCUUUUUUUGUUCUUCUUCUCACAAGAAGACGCCGUCGCCAGUUCAUUUCAUUCACCCUGCAAACCCUGUUUCGUUUCCCCUCAAUCAAGCCCUCUCUUUUUUCCUUUUCAUUCUUUGAUCCGAUUCCUCGAUCUUCGUAUUAAGUUGAACUCCAGGUGCGUUGAUUUUUGUUUCUAUCCUUCCUUUUCUUUCUGUUUUCCACUUCUCCUUUUCCUUCCUCCUUCUAUGGCCGACUUGGUGAAGCAGAUCUUGGCUAAGCCAAUCCAAUUGGCCGACCACGUCAUCAAAUCCGCAGAUGAAGCGAGCUCCUUCAAGCAGGAGUGCGGCGAGCUGAAGUCCAAGACGGAGAAGCUCGCCGCCUUGCUCCGUCAAGCGGCCAGGGCGAGCUCCGAACUCUACGAGCGACCGACUCGCCGCAUAAUCGACGACACAGAGCAAGUCCUCGAGAAGGCCCUGGCGUUAGUACUCAAAUGUCGCGCCAACGGAAUCAUGAAGCGGGUCUUCACCAUUAUCCCCGCCGCCGCCUUCCGCAAGAUGUCCGCUCAGCUCGAGAACUCCAUCGGCGACGUGUCCUGGCUCCUCCGGGUUUCUGCCUCCGCGGACGACCGCGACGACGAGUACCUUGGACUCCCACCGAUCGCCGCCAACGAGCCCAUCCUCUGCCUCAUUUGGGAGCAGAUUGCGAUUCUCUACACUGGGUCUCCCGACGAUAGAUCUGACGCCGCCGCUUCCCUCGUCUCCCUGGCCAGGGACAAUGAUCGGUAUGGUAAGUUGAUCAUCGAGGAAGGAGGAGUUCAGCCGCUGCUGAAAUUGGUAAAAGACGGGAAAUUGGAAGGCCAGGAGAAUGCCGCAAGAGCCAUUGGGCUUCUGGGUCGGGACCCUGAGAGCGUCGAACACAUGAUUCACGCCGGGGUUUGCUCGGUCUUUGCGAAAAUCCUCAAAGAAGCUCCCAUGAAGGUCCAGGCAGUGGUGGCAUGGGCUGUUUCUGAGCUUGCUGCUCAUUAUCCCAAAUGCCAGGAUCUCUUCGCUCAGCACAAUAUAAUCCGUCUGUUGGUAGGUCAUCUCGCAUUUGAGACAGUUCAAGAGCACAGUAAGUAUGCUAUUGUUAGCCAGAAAGCUACUUCGAUCCACGCCUUGGUGUUGGCGAGCAAUGCCAACUCUAACGCUGUUGCUAGUAGCAACAGUAAUGGUAGUGUGAACUCAGCAGGACCGAAUGUUGAAGAAGAUAAAAGCAGGAUUAAUCACCCUCUAGGGAACAGAACGCGGAGCCAGUUCCAUAGCGUGAUUGCAAACACAAUGGCCAUGAAUGCAGUCGCCAAGCUUCCUAACGGGAAUGCCCCAGUGGCAAACGGGAAUGGAAACAGUACUACCCUUCCUGUGGCUGCGGCUGCGAAGCCGGCUACUCACCAUCAACACAGCAACUCACUCUCUGCUGUCCAUCUUAAAGGGAGGGAAGGUGAAGACGUAGCUACAAAGGCCCACAUGAAAGCAAUGGCAGCAAGAGCACUUUGGCAGCUUGCUAAGGGGAAUUCGCCCAUCUGCCGAAGCAUUACCGAGUCUAGGGCUCUUUUGUGUUUUGCUGUACUGUUAGAGAAAGGAACUGGGGAGGUUCAAUAUAAUUCAGCCAUGGCAGUGAUGGAGCUCACAGCAGUGGCUGAAGAGGAUUCGGAUUUGAGAAGAUCAGCAUUCAAGCCCAAUACUCCUGCUUGCAAAGCGGUGGUGGAUCAAAUACUGAGGAUCAUUGAGCAAGCGGAUACCGAGCUACUAAUUCCUUGUGUCAAAGCAAUUGGCAAUUUAGCAAGAACGUUUAGAGCUACGGAGACCAGGAUGAUCACCCCAUUAGUUAAGCUUCUAGAUGAGAGGGAAGCUUCUAGAUCCAACAUAUAGUGAAAAUUCACACUUAUAUAACAUCAAUAUUCAAAUGUUCAACUUAGGUAGCCAAAAAUUGAGUUAGGCGAACAGAAAAAUCGGAAAAUAGGCGCAUUUCGCAAACCAAAGGAAAAAUGACACAAUUUGACGUCCAACCCGAUACCUUGUAACUGUUGACCCGAUGGGUACGUGUGGUCCGUUUUUCUCACAGGGCCAGGGUCAAAGUGGGUUGACCUGCGGGUUGACAGCCUUGGAGUUGAAAAGGAUCCUUCUGAGUAAAAGACACAGGAAGUAGAAAAGAGAAGCUGAAAUCUGGAACCUAUGCUUGUCAUUUUGCUAACAGACAGGAACGAUCACUACCAAAGCAGACGUCCUUUUCUGGGGUGUAUCAAGGGUAGGGAGGGAUCGAACACGGUCCACACCACAGGGCGAAUCAAGGGAAGGGAGGCAACGACAAAAGUCUAAAUGUAUGCUCUAGAAAGGGUUUCUUUGCACUCAAGCCAUUGAAACACCUAAGUAUUUGUUAACCUCCUUCACUACUAUGAUUGAGAUGUGGAUAGUAAGAAUAGUCCGAGUAAGUGUUCUUGAAUGUAGUUCAUGGUUAGUAAUGGUUUGGGAGAAGGGAAGAGCGGUUUUUGGCCGUUGCUAGUGGCCGUUGAUUGUAGGAAAGGUUCUAGUGAAACCAUGGAACCUUUGGUUUUAGGUUGAAGAUCUAGGACCUCAUGCUAUGUUUGCCACCACCCAAAAGGCAUUUUCCCCAUGUCCAAGACAAAUUGCCAGUCAUUUGAACUCGUGUCUAAGACCUCUGGACAAGCUAGUGAUGACAACCGUUUUGUGAACUCUAGCAUGUAGAGGUUGCCGCCGUGGUGAAGAGAGGAUAGGGCUGAGGGUUGAUGGUUGUGCACAUCUUUUUCACCAAAUGGUCCUGACCCCACUAGUCGAGAGUGAGUGAUUCACUUGGGUGUGUAUAUGACCUAGCUACAAUGAUGUGAAUGUUUGUUUGGAUUGAAUGAUUAGUGUGUGGGUAUGUUAAAAUACAAAGUUAUGAGGUAUUAUCAUGAAGAUUAAUUGUGUUUGUGCAUUUCAAUGCCUUAUGCUAUUUUAGCCUAGGUACAGGAGAAUCUCCUUUAAUAGAGGCUUGUAAAAUCUGGAUUUCCUUGAGCAAUAUUUGUCUCCAACUUAGGUGAAUUAGGGCAAACCUAUUAAUUCGUAUUAGCACCCAGGGUUGGUUGUAAUUUGGCUGUCCGAACUCCAAUUCGAGAGUGUAGUUGAUAACAUCGUAUUUGCACAUGUUUGCACCCUCGUUUCAUGAUCAUUUUGGCUAGAGUUUUUGAUUUCUUGAACUAUUUCACGCUAGGUUGUGUUCCUUUGUCACAUUUCAGGUCCUAGCAUGUAAAUUGAAGCAAAGGCGCAAGUUUCAAGUCAAUCGGAAUUCAUUUGGCAUUUCGGGAGAAGAAACACGAGCAUGACCUGAGGAAGAAUGGAUUUCUACCUCAUAUUAUGAACAAAUAAUCAUGUAAUCUUGUCAUGAAAAGAAAGUGGACGAGAUUACGAGCGUCUGGGAUCAAACGCCGAUUGAUUUGGAUUCUGGAAGAGGGAGAAACAAAGUAUUAAACAGGAGCGGAGGAAGAAAUACGGGCAUCCCCUGCCCAAUUACGGGCGUAAUUGCUUCUGUCAUGCCCGUAAAUGCAAUGCCGAGCCAAAUCCCUGAGAAUUCCUUCGAAGAUCAAAUUACGGGCAAGAGAAAAAUUAACUAUGGUCGGAAUUCCACAAAUACUGGCAGUAAUUGGGUAAUUAAGACCGUAAUUCCUC